CUAAGUGUUGGGGCUCCUUGUGAAGUUUUUUUGUGUGCAAGGAGAAGAACCCUGUCUGCGCAGCGACCGACUGGAGUUAAGCUGACCGCAUACAAUACUGUACAAGCACCCACAUAGUAUACAUACAACCUGACUGCUCACCGCCUGCUCACGGAGACUACCGCCUAGGAAACGAGUGGAGUGGAGCUGGGCAACACCAUCGACCGCUCGCGCAGCGCUACCUAGCGCGCGCCCUCGCGCGACCGCCUGCGUCACGGCUGUGAGAAUGGCGAGCUCUAGAUGCGGCCCGCCAUCGUCGCUUGCCAUCGCGCCAGGCAGCGUCGUGGGCUGCCGGCCCGUCGGCGGUUUGGCUCGCUGCUGCGGUGUCCAGCUGCCAUCCUCGCACCGCGGCCGGUCGGCGAGCUCGGCACGGCUAACGCCGCUUGCCGCGCUAACCCAGCGCUGGAGCCUGACCGGUGCCAGCACCCCAAAACCGGCUAACGCCAGCGCUGCUGCCACUGCUGUUAGCGCCGCGGCUACUGGCUCACAACGUCGACUGGCACCUGGCGCUAGCGGGCGGCGCCCGCUGCUGGCGCCGCCCGCCGCCGCGCCGGGUCCAGGGCCAAGCCUGCUCAACCGUGCCGCCCCGGAAGCCGCUACCUCCCCCUCCUCCCCCUCCUCCCCCUCCGCCUCCUCAUCAGCAUCCCCCGCCUCCGCUGCCGGAUCCGCCGCAGCGCCGCCGCCGCCCACCACCCCAGCCCUGGGUGGCUACCUCUCCCUCGCGUUCGUGCCCAUCCUGUGGGGCACCUACAACCCCGCCAUCCGCUACCUGUACGCGGAAUCCGAUCCGCUGGAUCCAGCAUCACUGACUGCCGUACGAACGAUCGUGUCGGCGGGCGCGCUGCUACUGCCCGCCGCCGUCGGCUACCUGUGGACGCAAGGCGCCGCCGCCUGGCGCCGCCGCAGUGACGACAUCGCCGCCGCAGCAGCAGCAGCGGAGGCAGCGGAGGCGGUGAUGGGAAGCGAUAGCGGCAGCACGGGCACUAGCAGCAGUAGCAAUGGCAGCAGCAGCAGCAGCAGCAGCAGCAGUGGCAGUAGCAGCCACAAUGGCAAUAGCAGCAAUGGCGCCGCCAGUGGCAUUGAUGUCCACCACGCGCCUAUGAGCACAGCCAUGGCAGUGGUCACGGACGGCGCCGCUGACGGCGUGGCAGCCGCCGCCGGCGCCACGCCCGCUGAGGACGACCCCGCGCUAACCACAGCGUCGGCGUCCGCCUCUGCCUCCGCCGCCUCCGCCGCCUCCGCAACCGCCUCCGCAUCCGCCUCCACCGCCUCAUCAACAGCAGCACCCACCACCGCCCUCGCGGCAUCAUCAGCAGCGGCAGCUACAGCCAGCACCCGCGCCAGCACCGGCAGCAGUAGCGCGGGCCUGUUCGCGCCGCCGCUGCACACGGCCCGCCUGGGUCCGGUGCUGACACGCACCUUCAACAGUGUGGUGCUAGGGGGACUGGAGCUGGGGCUGCUCAACUUCAUGGGCACGGCACUGCAGGUGGAGGGCCUGCACAGCACCAGCGCCACACGCGCUGGCUUCCUGGCCGAGGUGACGGCGGUGCUGGUGCCCGCGGUGUCGUACCUGGCGGGGUACGACAUCCCGCGCCAGAUGUGGGUGGCGGUUGGCAUCGGGUUGGUCGGCUCGACCCUGGUCGCCUACGACGCCAGCCUAGCAGGCCAGCAGGCCAAGAGCGACGGCAGUAGCAGCGUCAGCGGGAGCAGCGGGGGCAGUAGCAGUGGGGGUGUGGUUGCGGUGGAGCCGGGAGCGGUGGCGGCGGCUGCGCCGGCGGCGGCGGCGGCGCCGCCCGCCCUGGCGGUGGACGGCGCGGUCACGAGCAGCAGCAGCGAUAUGGUCACGGCGACAGCAACGGCGACGGCGGCGGGAGAUGUUGCAGCGGAAGCGUUGGCGGCGGCGACAGCGGCAGCGCCGGUGGCGGAGGUGGCGGCCGACGCGGCGGCCAGCGCUGCCGUUGCCGCGGUUGCCAGCACCGCCGCCGUCGUCAACACGGCCGGCAGUGCCUUGCCGCUUGCGGACCCAGCCAUCCUUGCAGACACCGCCGCCGCGGCCGCCGCCGCCGCCGCCGCCGCCACCGCCGCCACCGCCACCGCCACUACCGCCAGCGCCGCCGCCGACAUCGCAGCCGCCGCCGGCGACGCCGCGUUGGCGGUGACGGAGGCGCUCGCCUCGGCAUCGGCCGCCGCCGCGGAUGCUGUCGCCACGACCGCGGACGCCGCCGCGGCCUCCGUCGCUGCGACCACCGCUGCUACUGCCGCGGCCACGGCGGUUGUUGCCGGCACGCCGGGUGCUACAGCCCUGGAGGCCACGGGCGGGGAGUUGUACCUACUGCUGGCGUGCCUCUUCUACUCCGUGUGCACGGUGCGCAUGGGCAUCUACUCGCCGCGGCACGACACGGUGUCGCUGGCCGCCAUGAAGAAGGUGGGGCUCAGCUCAAUGAGCCUCAUGUGGAUGGCCUCCACAAACCUGCAGCACGGCGCGGCCCUGGGCUCCGUGUUCUCCUUCCCCGACCUCAGCUCGCGCUCGCCCACAUCGCUGGCGGUUCUGGCGUACAGCGGCAUUGGGCCCGGAGCGCUGGCCACGCUGCUGCAGGUCCAGGGCCUGUCCAGUGUGCCCGCCACCACCGCCCAGGUCAUCUACAGCUUCACGCCCCUGGCCACCGCCUUCUUCGCGUUCUGGAUCCUGGGCGGCGAGCCCACCGGGCCGCUGUCCUGGGCUGGAGGCAUGCUGCUCAUAGGCGCCGCAUUGAUGGCGGCGAGUGUUCAGAACGCGGCACACCAGCAGAAGCUGCGAGAGCAUGAGGAGGCGACGGCGGCGGCGGCAGUGCUUCUGGCGGCGGCUCAGGCGGAGGCGGAGGCGGCGGGGGCCGGGAGCGCGAUGGAGGCGGCGGGGCCGGAGGCGGGGCCGCUGCCGGCGUCGACGACGGCGGCGCAGAGGGUGGAGAGCGGCGUGAAGCAGGCGGUUUCGGCAACGCGCAAAUGAGGGGACAUGCGGCAUGCGCGGACCUAGUCAGCGAUGAUGUUUGGCUGUGUGCCAGGAGCGUGUGAAAUGGAGCCAAGUUAGAUUGAGAAGAGGAUUGUGAUCGGCGGUGUUGAGGAGCGAGGCAGUCAGCGCGUGGGUGUCGCGCCGCGCUGCUUUCUGCUCCAAAGGUGUAGGCUGUAGUGAGACGUCAGCAAGUGCUGUGUGCCAUGUGUGGUGUGAAGCGACGCUUGCUGUGUAUGUCUCGGUGUCAGCUCGGAAACCUGCGCGAGCGCUGCUGGUUUGAUUCUGAUCCUUGCAAGGGGGGCUGCCCGAUUUUGAAGCAUCUGCGCCCAAGCCUUAAGGUCUUGUAUGUGUUUACCGUAUCAUUGCAACGCCUAUGUACGGUACCUCUGGUUUUUUCGGCUGGAUAGGCCGUACCAGCACGCGCCCGGACGGGGUGUGUUGCAUCUUUGUUUUGCAUUUCAUUGGCUGUUCGGGGUUUGCUUGCACCCGCUGGCGUGCACCCGCUGACGUGUACAGACUGUGCACUGCGCAGCAGCUGUCACCGCGUGGGUUUGUGCGUGGGGUUAAUGUGGGUGAGGUUCAAUCAUCCACCUUACAAGUGUUAGAUGCUCGAAUGCCCCGGGGUGUGUGGAGUCAGGCUAGCGAGUUCCGGCCUAUGCUGUAGUGCGUAGAUCAGAAGAGUGAGGUAGCAGGAGGCAGGCGUCGCCCAGCAAGGCAUAGCGCAUCGUGGCGGGGGCACCAGACCUAGUUCCGCACACAACGGCAACGCUGCGUCAGUGCCUUUGACGCCAUCACGCUGGGGCAAUUCUGUAAUGUCAGCUCCCGCACGGGUGACGCAUGGAGACCAGGGGUGCCCCUGAUGGAGACGAAGGAGGAGACACGUCCGUGAAGCCCUGGCCCGCGUUACAUUUAUGCAAUUGCCAGACUAUCCUGAAGGAAAUUCCGCUAGAAGGCUAUGGCCGCGCCAAUCCAAAAUUCACACCGAUUCGGGCAUGGUGCGGGCACGCGUGUCGUGUUUGCACCGGCUUUCCCCCGGAUUUUGUGGCACAGCGCAUUAGGCAACGUGGUUUAGGCAACGCACUGUAUUAAUACGCGUAUUAUGGAGAGAGGGUCGCGUACUAGGCAACCCUGGUGCUAUAGAGGUUUAAGGGGCGGCUUGGGAAUAUGUGGAAAGGGAAGGCCCGCGUGGACGGCGUGCGGAAUGUGCACACCGGGGUUGUGACAUGCGCCAUCACCGUUCUGGUAAAACUCGGGUUGAGUUGCAUCGUCCGGAUACGGUGCCAAGCAGCAGGCGACCCCGUAUGGCCACUGAGUCCCUUAAUUCCCG